GCCGUUUUGGUUUGCCAGUUUUUGACCCAAGCUCAAGUGUGCGCCUCGGAUCCGAGGCAUGGCGCUCAAGUUGAUCUCGCUGCUGCUGGCGCAAGUGGCCUUGGCACGGCUGGGGCAGAACGCCAGCGUUUUGAACCGAUCGAACGCGACCUCGAAGGAUGCGAAUGUGCCACUGGGUGAGGGCAGCGCGCUGGAAAUCAUGGUGAACGGCACCAGGCAUGGCCUCCGUGGUGAGAAAGCAGCCAGUGACCUCUAUGCAAACGACACGGACGCCAGAUCAAUGGCUGGUCGCUAUGCUGGCUAUCAGACUUUUGCCACCACCACACGGUAUGGCGAUGCUGAUGCAGCCGCAUGUGGCGGCAUGCACACUGGUAGCUUGGUGGGAGGUUUGCCGUACUACAGCGUGGCCUCGGCUCAGUCCAUGUGGAAGGGAUGCUGCUGGUGCGGCCACUCCGGUGGCGGCCAGGGCACCCACGGCCUCGGCUGCUUCAGCUGCGCCAAGGGCCGCUUCCUGCGCUCCGCCUACGGCCUGCGCUCCCCAGACAACGCUCAGCGCCACGGCUUUGCUUCCGGCGAGAUCAUCAUCGUGGUGGCGGACUUGUGCCCUCACCAGGGCAACGAGCGCUGGUGCCCCGAGCGCCCAGGCCAGCACAACAACUACGGCGCGCACAACCACCUGGACUUCUCCCAUCCUCCGCCGGGCAUCGACAACAACAACUUUGUCUUCACCCCCAUCCAGUGCCCCUACGACUUGCAGGAGAGGUACCAUCACCUCUCGAGGUGCCACAACUAAAAAGGUUGUGGAGCUCGCUCUGUUCCCGAGCACGAGGCUCGUGAAGGUUCGUGUGUAACACGAACACCUUGGGGUGCGGCGAGCCCGGAAAAUGUGGGCCACCACCCCUUGUCACUUGGUGACACAAUACCAUUUUGAGCACCAGAGCCUGGCCGCCUGAUGCUAAGAUUGCAAACUGAACCAGAGGCUGCAUGAUCCUUUUGCUCAGCCUGUGGUAAGCUUAAUUCGGCCAUGAGGCUGACUCAUACCUCAUGUUCAGCGGCCGGACAGUCUUGCACUACUUUCUAGUAGAUGAGAUCAUGCAAGCGUUUGCCGACCUUGCA